AUGUCCCCCCGAUAUCGUCGCAUUGCCGUCAUCGGCACCGGCCCUUCUGGCCUCUCCGCCGUCAAAGCCCUCCACGAUGAAAACACCUUCGACACCAUCCGGGUCUUCGAACGACGCGACCGCGUAGGAGGCAUCUGGCACUACGACCCAACCCCAGACCCCUUACGCCCUGAGGCCCCCUCCCCAGCCCCCAAUGCCAUCCCCACGGGCCUCCCCCAAUUCACUCCCCCCCGACCCGAAGACCCCAGCGCCCGCACCGGCAUCUACCCACACCUGGACAGCAACGUGGGCGCCAAAACCAUGGCCUUCACCCACACACCCUUCCCCCCCAUCAACUCCGCCACCUCCAUCAAACAAUUCGGGCCCUCCAACGCUACCCGUCCCUUCCGCGUCGUCGCCAACUACCUCGAAGACCUCUUCAUCCCGUACCUCCACCUCGUCUCCCUCAACACCACCGUCGAACGCGCCGAGAAAACCGGCUCCCAAUGGACCCUCACCCUCCGCAAAUCCAACCAACUCUACCGCAACACCCCCCAAGACUACUGGUGGACCGAGACCUUCGACGCCAUCAUCGUCGCCUCCGGCCACUACAACGAGCCCGCCAUCCCGGCCAUCCCCGGCCUGUCCACCACCGCCCUCACCCACCCCCACGCCUUCGAACACGCCAAAGCCUUCCGCCACCCAGACCACUACAUCAACCAACGCGUCCUCGUCGUCGGGGGGAACAUCUCCGCCGCCGACCUCGUCACAGAACUCCACUCCCUCGUCUCCGGGCCCCUCUACCUCAGCCAACGGGGUAGCAAUCCCGCCCUCGAACCCGCCUGGUCCCUCCCCAACGUGCAGCGCAAACCAACCAUCUCCCACAUCACCCCAUCCCCAGACCCAACCCGCAACACCAUCACCGUCCACUUCACCGACACCACCACCCUCACCCUCGACAAAAUCCUCUUCGCAACCGGCUACACAGCCUCCUACCCCUUCCUCACCCCCAACCCCGUCACCGCCAACAACCGCGUCGCCGGAUUCUACCAACAUAUCUUCCGGAUCACGGAUCCAUCCCUUGCCCUGGUGGGCCAAGUGCGCGCUGGUCUGAGUUUCCGGGUUUACGAGUAUCAGGCGGUGGCGGUGGCACGGUACUACGCGGGCCGGACGAAGGAGCUUCCGAGUCAGGCGGAGCAGGAUCGCUGGGAGUUUGAGCGGUUGAAGAGCAAGGGCAAUGGGGUCGCGUUUCAUGAGAUUAAGCCGGAUUUUCGCGAGUAUUUUGAGGUGUUGCUGGAGAUUGCGGGGACGGGGGCGGGGUUGCCCGCGUACGAGGAUAGGUGGGCGGAGGAGGCGUUUGAGGUUUUGAAGGCGAAGGAGGGGUAUUGGAAGAGGUUGAGAGGGGAUGCAGAGGGGAAGGGGGGAGAACAGAAGAAGGAGGAGAGGGCGAAGUUGUAGGGGUGGAUACAGUUGGUGGGUUGGAUAUUAUGUGAGUGUUCAUUGUGUUGAACCGAAUAAGCAGCCCAGUUAUUUGGUUUCUC